GUCUCCAUUCUUAUAAUUACAUUGCAGAGUUAAUAGCAAUAAUCAUGGCUCUCACCCGUCUCUCCUUGGCAUUCUCAUUGCUUCUACUGUCACUGCUAGUCAUUGCUUCCGCUGGUGAUUAUAGUAAUGAUGAUUCAUCUAAAUAUGGUUUCGAUGGAAUACCAGCUGACAGCCCUCAAGCAAAGCCAGAAGAAGAAGAAAAUCCUUCAAAGCCAGACUAUUACAAGCCCAAGCCGGUAGACAAAGAAAAGCCUGAUUAUGGUAGUAAACCCGAGGUCGUCAAACCAAAGCCAGAAGGAAAAGAAAAGCCUAAUUAUGGCACAAAGCAAGACAUCUACAAGCCAAAACCAGAAGAAAAGGAAAGGCCUGAGUAUGGCAGAAAACCAUACGUUGCUAAACCAAAGCCAGAAGGAGAAGAAAAGCCUUACCAUGACACAAAACCAGAGUUCUAUGAACCAAAGCCGGAAGAAAAGGAAAAUCUUCUCUCCGUUGGUGUUCAAGGGCUUGUUUUUUGUAAAUCAGGUUCCCAGUAUUAUCCAAUUCAAGGGGCUUUAGCAAAGAUAACAUGUAAAGCUGUUGAUAAGGUCGGGGUCGAGAAAACCCUCUCCAUUUGCAGCGGAGCAACUGAUGCAAAGGGUUACUUCUUUGCCACAUUGUCUCAAUCAGGUCUCGUAGAUAAGUUGAAGCUUAAAGAUUGCAAGGCGUAUCUCGAGAGCUCUCCAUUGAAGACCUGUAAUAUUCCCACGAAUGACAACAAAGGGAUUGAUGGCGCUCCUCUUUCUAAUUUCCGUGUUCUAAACAAGAAGAUGAAUUUGUACUCCGUGGGGCCUUUCUUCUACACCUCCGAAGCUAAAUCAGCCACUAAUGGUUACUAAAAUUGAAUUAAUUCUUCAUGACUAAACAAUCCAUUUUAAUACCCCCUUCCCCCCAUUUUUAUCUUUCAUUUUGAAGUUGAGAAGGCAACUUAAGUUGGUUCUUUUCUGUUGCUCUUUUUUGGGUCUGAUUUUCGUUGUUUAAUGAUUAUUUUAUUGGCUAGCUGGACUUGCAGCCUCUGCCAGAGAUUUGUAAUGAACUUUGCUCUAUUAAUAAAGCUUUGAAUAUGAUUAUAUUUCUA